UUCCUUUGUAUUCCUUUUCUUCUUUCUUCCCUUUCGUGUCCAUCCUUCUCUGAUCAUUUCCCUUCCUUUCGUGUCCAUCCUUCUCUGAUCAUUUCCCUUCCUUUCGUGUCCAUCCUUCUCUGAUCAUUUCCCUUCCUUUCGUGUCCAUCCUUCUCUGAUCAUUUCCCUUCCUUUCGUGUCCAUCCUUCUCUGAUCAUUUCCCUUCCUUUCGUGUCCAUCCUUCUCUGAUCAUUUCCCUUCCUUUCGUGUCCAUCCUUCUCUGAUCAUUUCCCUUCCUUUCGUGUCCAUUCUUCUCUGAUCAUUUCCCUUCCUUUCGUGUCCAUUCUUCUCUGAUCAUUUCCCUUCCUUUCGUGUCCAUCCUUCUCUGAUCAUUUCCCUUCCUUUCGUGUCCAUUCUUCUCUGAUCAUUUCCCUUCCUUUCGUGUCCAUCCUUCUCUGAUCAUUUCCCUUCCUUUCGUGUCCAUUCUUCUCUGAUCAUUUCCCUUCCUUUCGUGUCCAUUCUUCUCUGAUCAUUUCCCUUCCUUCCGUCGGCUGCAAGGGAGACAAAAAGCCGCAUUUUCAAGCGUCUCGGCGCCUCAGUUCGCCUGUUUGAAAAGCCUCUAUUGGAAGGUGCUGAGACUUUCCAGCAUGGACUGUUCUGUGAUCCUCGCGAUAGUUUUACUCAGCUUCUGCACCUUGAACAGAGAAAGUCACCCGUGAGAUCCCGGUUGAUGUUCUCUGUGGCGCUGAGUAACAGUCGUACUUUGAGCCCGGAGUAAGUUGUGUCGAGGCGUCAAGUAGUACACAGCAAGUCACGCACGAAACAUCCUGUCCCAGAUCUGGAAACUGUAGGAAAAUUAUCUAAAAGGCGCCCAGUAUAUAAUCACAAGCACAGCCAUUUCUCCCCAGUGUCUCUCUCGUCCUGCCGGGAGUGGUCGCUGCUCGCUGAAUUGCGUCUCCAAGAAAAGGGAGACCAAGAGUCGCUGCGAAGAUACGAGAGUGAACGCCUCAGCAGUCUUUAGAAGCUCAACACUCAAGACUCAACACUCUUCCCCUGCACACACACACACACACACACACACACACACACACACACACACACACACACACACACACACGGUGAGCCACGAUGAAGGCCAGGCUGCCCUUACUCUUGGUGUUUAUUGAAUCAUCGUUGCUUGCGGCCGGAAAUUCCUUCAGACCCUACUGGAACCCACGCUGCCCUGCCCAAAUUACCAUCUCGGGGGAUGAGGAAUGGAAGAACGUUACCACCAGGGAACAUAACAGGGGCGCCUGGAGCACCACCUUAUACGUGCACCCCGAUCCAGGGUUCAAAGGCAUCAGGCUCGUGGCGGCGGGCGGUGGCUGGCUGAGUGACGCCUGGUUCACGCUGGACGCCACUUGCUUCCCUGGGGACGCACAGUGGUGGAGGUUGUGGGCACGUGUGUUGAACUAUGGCAGCAUCAAUGGCUACGGUCUUCAGUUUGCAGUACGGGCUGGUGAUUGUGCUCUUGGGUGCCGCAGAACAGGCUACUUCCCUGAUUACCGGGCUGUUACUGUUGAGGCUCACGGGCCCUCAAGGUGGAGAUCACAGUACCCGAGUCGACAAUGCACUCUAAAAGGAUACACAAGACAAAGCCUCUCAUGGAUAAACUGCACCUACAUCCCCAUCACCACCACCACCACCACCACCACCACCACCCCUACAACCACCACCACCACCCCUACAACCACCAUCACCACAACCACCAUCACCAUCAUCGUUGUGUCGGCAAUGAUAGGUGUUGGUGUUCUUGUUGUUCUUGUGGUGGUGAUGUGGCGUUUCCGGCAGCGAAGGAUAUCCAAAGAAGAUGUGAGGAUGCGAUUCCAAGGCGAGACCGAGGUGGUCGAGAACAGCCUGUACGAAACCGUGGAGAACAUUCGCGGGACCGAGGUGGUCGAGAACAGCCUGUACGAGACCUUGGACAACACCCGCAGGACCGAGGUGGUCGAGAACAGCCUGUACGAGCCCUUGGACAACACCCGCAGGACCGAGGUGGUCGAGAACAGCCUGUACGAGACCUUGGACAACACCCGCAGGACCGAGGUGGUCGAGAACAGCCUGUACGAGCCCUUGGACAACACCCGCAGGACCGAGGUGGUCGAGAACAGCCUGUGA